CGCAGGUCGGCAUGCUUGUUUUGGGAGUAUCAAGAUGGCGGAAGGCGACUUCAAUUUUUGGUGGCCAAUGAGCCAUUCAGCCUUUUUUUGUUCUUUUUUUUUUUUUUUUUUUGGAUCAGUGAACUGGCAUACGAGCUUCGACCGCAAAUGGGCGGGUCGGAGUCUCCCCUCGUGCGGGCCAAUAACGCGAAGGGCUUCUCGCUCGACAUCGGCGCACUUGCGGGAGCGUUGCAUAACCUCGCGAAGGGAUCACCGGCUCACCCCGUCGCCUUUACGACAAUGGCAGCGGCGAAGAAAGUCUGCAUCGUCGGAUCUGGAAAUUGGGGCUCUGCCAUUGCCAAGAUAGUGGGCGCCAAUGCCGCUCGGAAUUCCAAAUUUGACAGCACGGUAAAAAUGUGGGUGUUUGAGGAGUUGGUGGACGGGCGCAAACUGACUGACAUAAUCAACACCGACCACGAGAAUGUGAAGUACCUUCCCGGGCACAAGUUACCCUCAAACGUGGUGGCAGUUCCGGACUUGUUGGAGGCGUCCUGCGAUGCCGACAUUUUGGUGUUUGUCAUCCCGCACCAGUUUAUCGGGAGAGCUUGUGACAGCAUGAAGGGCAAGAUAAAGAGCGACGCGCUGGGCAUAUCUCUCAUCAAGGGAGUCGACGAGGGGCCCGACGGACUCAAACUGAUCUCGGACGUGAUCCAGGAGAAGCUCGGCAUUGCAAUGAGCGUGCUGAUGGGGGCCAACAUUGCCAACGAAGUGGCUGACGAAAAGUUUUGCGAGACCACCAUCGGCUGUAAAAAUGAAACUCACGGGGCUCUUCUAAAGGAGCUCAUGCAGACCAGCAACUUCCGUGUGACUGUCGUGCAGGAGCAGGACGUGGUGGAAAUCUGUGGAGCGUUAAAGAACAUUGUCGCCGUCGGGGCAGGUUUCUGCGAUGGUCUGGGUUUCGGGGACAACACAAAAGCGGCGGUGAUCCGUCUGGGUCUCAUGGAGAUGAUUGCGUUCGCCCGCAUUUUCUGCACCGCCGGGCCCGUGUCUUCUGCAACCUUCCUGGAAAGCUGCGGCGUCGCCGAUCUCAUCACGACCUGCUACGGCGGCCGCAAUCGCAAGGUCGCCGAGGCCUUUGUGAAGACGGGAAAGUCGAUCGAGGAACUGGAAAAAGAAAUGCUGAAUGGUCAGAAACUGCAAGGACCGGCGACUGCGGCUGAGGUCUACCUCAUCCUCAAGCACAAAAACUUGGUCGACAAGUUCCCGCUGUUCAAUGCUGUCUAUCAGAUCUGCUACCAGGGCCACCCUGUCACCGAGUUCAUCAGCUGCCUGCAAAACCAUCCGGAGCACAUGUAAAACCCAAACAAACCGACCAAGUGCCUUCUACGUGGAGAACGUUACCGAGUCAUCUGUUACUCAUCCGAAACGUGAGGUGACCCCGUCACUCCACAGCCGCCACGCAACACGGCUGCCCUCGCGUUCACUCCAUGGAGACCUUGCGUAACAUACGUCGUCAACCACUUUGUCCUUACCCGUGGGUUCAAGUGCUUUCUCAUUUCAUGAAUCAUGCUGAAGCUUGAAAUAUAUGUGUAUUUUUUUUGUUUCCCCACUCUUGGGCUUGAUAGUUCUUCUUGCCUGUGGCUUGAAACAAAAAAACAAAAACAAAAAAAAAAUAAGACAAAUCCAGAUUCCCUUAAUCUCAUCGUUUACUCACGCCGAUUGCUCGGAGGUGACUUGGCCAAAUUUAGUCGGGCUUUUCCCUUCACAUUGUAACUUUGUGCAAUGUUUCCGGGUUCAGAUUUUGACGGCCAGGCAAUACGGACGACAUUUAUCAAGGUAGUCGGCGGUGAGACGGAAUGACAUUGCCGUCCAGUGGCCUCCUUAACAUUUCAUCGUUAUGUAACCCUGCUUAAUGUCUUAGUAGCUUUUAGUGGCCUCAUUUUCCGUCUUGUACUUUGUCAACUACGCACAGAAAUUGUUUUUAUUAAAUGAACGCAAGUGCCUUACCGUGCACGGUUGCUACGAUAAGUCUUGGUGAGUGCGUCUAUUUGUGCAAACAAAAUACUUGAUUCUGAAAUGUCCGUCCAUUUGUUAACAAGAAUGCCAACAGACUACAUUUCAAAUGUCAUGUCAACAUUUGUCUGUGAAUAAAAUUGUCAUGUAGACCGUAAUGAAAAAAAUAUUUUACCCAAGUUACAACUACGUACAGUAGCAAAGUGGGAAAUGCGGUGGUCAAAAAUAUUUCAUUCAUUUUCUUAGCCGCUUAUCCACACGAGGGUCGCAGGGAGUGCUGGAGCCUAUGCCAGCUAUCAACGGGCAGGAGGGUACACCCUGAACUGGUUCCUACCCAAUUGCAGAGCAGUGGUCAAAAUAAACUCAUAUUUCCUUAAAAAUGAAAUAAAGCUGGAAUUAUUAAGGGAAAAAUCAAAUGCAAGAGCUAGUUGACAAAUUCUGUUGUAAGUUUAUUCUAUGAAUAUCUGGAAUUAUGUUUGGAUAAGAAAACUUCGGGCGGAACGGUAGGUCAGCUGGUAAAGCGUUGGCCUCACAGUUCUGAGGACCCGGGUUCGAUCCCGGCCCCGCCUGUGUGGAGUUUGCAUGUUCUCCCCCUGCCUGUGUGGGUCUUCUCUGGGAACUCCGGUUUCCUUCCAUAUUCCAAAAACAUGCAACAUUAAUUGGACACUCUAAAUUGCCCGUAGGUGCAAUUGUGAAUGACUGUUUGUCUCGAUGUGUCCUGCGAUUGGCUGGCAACCAGUCCAGGGUGUACCCUGCCUCCUGCCCAUUGACAGCUGCGAUAGGCUCCAGCGCUCCCCGCGACCCUCGUGAGGAUAAGUGGCAAAGCAAAUGGAUGCAUGGAUGGGUAAGACAACUUCAUGAAACGCAUUCAUAAAGAAGCAAAAGUAGUUUAUUAUAUGCUAUUCAGGUAGCAUUGCUAGUAUUACAUAACAUAAAGCAGCACACAGUUGGUCAUUUCAAGCACUAUUCAACCCUGACGCGUUGAUCUGCUUCAUCUUUCUCCAUCCAACUAUGGAACAGACCUCAGUAACUUUAAAGUGUGAAAAUGUAAACAAAAGGGAAUGCGAUCAGGGGUGGGGGGGGGGGUAUGGCCCGACUUAAGAAUGCUGGACACUUAAGACUAUUUCAAUGCAAAUGCUGAAGAGAUAAAACUAUCUGCAUUGGCCUUUUGCCUUGUUAGCGUACUUGAGCCAAUGUUCUUGGUCACAGGCAGAGAAUGGUUAAAAAAAAAAAAAAAAAGAGUUCCAGUAAAUAUGAUCAAUAUAAUGCAGAAAAAGCUUUGUGGUAUUACAAUCACAAGGUUUUGCUUGUGCACUGUACUUCCUGUGCUGCUGUGUUCAGUUACCAUCUUUUUGGUAUAGUAUAAGACAUAGCUAAAAGUGACAAUUGGCUAGGAGGAGGAUAUGGACCCUAUUUAAAAGACUUUUUAUUCUAUGUCAAAAAAAAAAAAAACAAACAUUCGGCUUUUUUUGUUCCCACAUGAA